AGGAAAGCAGAGAUUAUACCUUGGGCAACAGCUGUAGCCUCCUGCAAUUAGUCCCACUCUGCAGCGCAGCAUGUACUACACCGCUCCUUCCAACGAAACCACCAUCAGCAUGUGGUGCUCGCUCUUGUAGAUUUUACUGGAGAGCAGGAGGACUAUAUUCAUCCAAGAGAGUGAAGAGGGCAGGGAGGCUACCACCAGGGUCUGACAGACCAUGAGGGAAAGUUUCAAGAUCUGCACAAUGACACGACUUGUGGCCUCUGGGUAGCACAAAACCUAGAUGGCUCAAUGACCAUUGGUGCUAGUUAUGAUGGAUGCUAUGUCAGACAAGAGCAGGGAGAUCAUGUCAUGACUCUGAUCAUGGAACGUAUUAAGAAUGGUCAAGUGGAACACCAUAAAAAGGACCUAAAGUGCCCACCCUUACCAGCUUUGGAUGCUCCAAGCCCUAGUGACUGUGCUGCCAUCCAGAGAACUGACCGCUUGUUGUGUGCUAACUCGUCUGUGCCUUCUGACGUCUGUGAGCAACUAGGAUGCUGCUUCUCUCCAGGAGACCUGCCUCAGUGUUAUUAUGGAAACAAGUUGACUACACGGUGUACAGAUGAAGGGCAGGUUUUGAUCACUGUCUCAAAAGAUCUGACUGCGCCAUCCUUGAUCUUGGAAUCUGCUUCUGUCCUUGGUGUAGAUUCUUCAUCAUGCUCGGAAAUGACGACUUCCAAGAGUUCAACUUUUCUCGUGUUUCAGUUUCCUCUUUCCUGUGGUAAAGGGAGUCGGCUUAUUGGUAACACAAUUGUGUAUGAAAAUACUGUUCAAGCCACUAUGGAUGUUAAGACCUGGCAAGGGUCCUCAAUCACAAGAGACAGUACAAUGAGGUUGACUGUCCUCUGUAGCUAUGCUCAGACUGGCGAUGUCCCGCUACAAGUCGAAGUGCUUACACUGCCUCCACCACUUCCUGUGUCAACUACUGGACCUCUGGUGCUGGAGAUGAGGAUAGCUAAAGAUGAGGCCUAUACAUCAUACUACAUGGACAACGAGUAUCCUGUGACUAAAUUUCUCAGAGAUCCUGUGUCCUUGGAGGUCCACAUACUAGGAAGAACAGAUCAAAGCCUUAUUCUAAUGUUGGAUAACUGUUGGGCCACUCCCAGUUCAGAUCCCGCUCAAAAAGUCCAGUGGCCCAUACUAGUAAAUGGAUGCCCCUUUACUGGAGACAACUACAUGACUAGGCAACUCCCAGUUGGCACUUCCUCACAGGCUGUGCAGUACCCAACCCACUACCAACGUUUCAUUGUCAGUACCUUCACAUUUAUGGCUCCAAAUGGGCAACAUUCUCUUGGUGGACUGGUGUACUUUCACUGCAGUGCUGCUGUAUGUGUCCCAUCUGCAACAGAAUCCUGCAGAACCUCAUGUGGCCAAAGAAAAAAACGAGCCACCAAGGAAAGCUGGGAGGAGAUCACAGUAAGCAAAGGCCCUGUUAACUUCAUUGACCCUGAAACACCAUCUCACAUGAACGUUGACUUGUAUUUUAGCACUCAAGGAGACAUUUGGGAUUAUGAUAUGCAGAACGAAACAUCUGAUCCAGAUUUUGUUGGUGCUGAAAAGGAAGACUCCAUGGAUGGUGACUUAAUAGAUUUGGGCAAAAACUUACCCAAGAGAGUCAAAGGUGUUGAUCCGGAUUCGCACACUGUGUUGUGGCUGAGAGCAGCAGCUGUAGUAGGAGGAGUCCUUGCCUUAACCGCCGCAAUGUUUGGAGUUUGGCAGUGUCACAGGAGUCGGAACCCAACAAUGUACUCUUUAAAACUAUUAUUAAAGUGAC